AAUCGAGCCGGGACUGCGCGUCCCGUUCCCUUCCCAUCCCAUCCUCAGUUUCAGCACCAGCACUGUCCGUGUCCACACAGCCACAGGCUGCAGUGGCAACAGCUCCUGGAUCCACCGUUCACGCUUCUCCAUCGCGCGGAAAGUUGGAGGACUAUUCGCUAGAUAUCGCAUCACAUGUCACUUGGCAGGUGAUGUGGAUCGCUAUCGAACCACCACUUUAUGAAAAAGAAGAAGAAGAAAAACCAAUCGCUGUGCGUGUUAUUAGAUCUCUUUAAAAACCAGAGAGUGUUGAGGACUUUUUUUUGCUCGUAUCGUUGAUGAAAUUAUUCUUGCCUGGAUGAAGAGACGGGUGUAUUUUACUGUCAGUAUUGGAUGAGACCGCUGCGCCGAAUCCUGUGCUAUACGAGAAAUAAUGGUGGUGUCGCACGGAAUACAGCUGUAUUGUUUGAAAUGGAAAACUGCUCACAGAGGAUAAAUUGCGUGCAAACUUGUGCAGCUUUCCGCUGAGGGAGUUAUCCAGCAGCCCCUCUCCGAAUAAACAUGGGUCCACGGCGAGACGUGGGGCCGCUCCGCUGCGUGGGACUCACCACGCUUCUCCUGUGCACAGUGGUGGAUAGCAAGGUGAUCCUGGAUGGCUUGCAGAGGUACGGCCCCACGCCAAUCUAUCUGCCUGUCAGCUACCGGAUCCUCAAUGCUGAGUCAGCGUUCUUCCUACAGGAGGCAAACCAGGACUUAAUGAGGAACUCCAGCCUGCAGGCUCGUACUGAGUCCUUUUUCAUCCACCAGGCCCGGCAGAUGCCCUUUGUCAAUGCGAGUUACGGGCCGCUGUCGGUCCAGCAGCCGGUCCCUCUGGAGCUCCUUCAGACGCUGCCAGGGCCAUUUAACACGCCCUCUUUCUCUUCAACAUCGGUGCCAACAUCAUCGCCUCCUCUCUUUACCUUCAACUGGAAGGUUCACACCUAUAUUAUCAGCGAAAGCAUUCACCCCAGUUGGCCAAAGGUCCAAGUGUUGUUCUACAUUGCAGGGAGGGACUGGGAUGAUUACAGCGCCAUCCACAAUCUGCCCUGCGUCAGGAUGUUUGCCUUUCAUGAGACUCAAGAAGUCCGUGGAACAUGCAGGCUAAAAGGUGAGCUGGGGAUAUGUGUUGCCGAGCUGGAGCCUCUCGCUAGCUGGUUCAGCUUGCCCACUGUGAGGCCGGGUAGGCAGAGGGUCUCUGAGCAGCCCCAGGGCACUCCUGUGGAGCUCUACUACAUGGUUCAAACCACGGACAGUGGAGAAUGCAGCUCUGAGGAUUCAAGAAAGGGCGGCUCCGUUCGCCCAGACCAGCAGAGGCCGAUGGGCUAUUUUGCAGGGCAUACACCUAUGCAGCGCAUUGGGAGCGUCAGGCUGUUUCAGCCACUGUCAGAGCUAAAGCUGGACAAUAACUUUGUGGUGAUGGCACCCUCCAAACCCAUCCGGCAGAGAGAAACCGUCUCUACUUUUCUGGCUCUGUCCACCCUUUCUUUGGUGCCAAUUUUCACCCUCAGGGUCAAGCUGAAGGAUGGCGUGGCGUUCCUGGGAGCUCGCGCCACUAACCCUGUUUUGUGGACGGUGAGUCAGGAUGUCAGAAGUGAAGGCCACAGGGUGGUCACCCUCCACUGUCGGAGGAAGGAAAACAGCUUUAGUCAAAGAGCGGAGGCACCGGGAUACCAGCGAGUGCUGCAAGUGGACCUCGAGGUGAACGGGCUGAUGAUGACUCCGGGGGGGAGGGAGGUGACGUGGCAGGUGGAGUACCCACUCACCCGCACCUUGACCAGUGAGGUGCCGACCCUCAUCCGCCUGGCACCGCAGGACCUGGGUGGCAUCGUGCCGUUAGCCAUGGACACCGAGAUCCUUAACACAGCUGUCCUCAAUGGGAGAACCGUCGCCGUGCCAGUAAAGGUGGUCACUGUAGGACCAGAUGGAACAGUCUCCGAUAUAACAGAGUCAGUGGAGUGCAAGUCCACAGAUGAACAAGUUAUCAAGGUGUCCGAUCGAUGCGACUAUGUGUAUGUAAACGGGAAGGAGACAAGAGGAAAGAGACGGGUGAUGCUCAACUUCACCUACAGUUUUCUGAGCGCCCAGCUGGAGAUGAGCGUGUGGAUGCCUCGUCUGCCCUUGCUCAUCGACGUGGCCGACCCCGAGCUCAGCCAGAUAAAGGGCUGGAGGGUUCCCGUUAGUCCGGCCAACAGAAGGUAUGAGAGAGUCACUGAUGACAAGGAAGAAGACGAUGCAGCUGAGGAGAGGACAGGGAGCAGCUGUGCAGCCCAGUAUCAGAGCACGACCCUGCGUGUCCUCACACACUUUGUGGCAGAUAGCGGAGAAGUAAGAGGAGCCACAGAGGAGGAUGGGAUGGGCCAGCAGAACUUCCUGCUGGGUAGUGACUGGCAGGUGGAGGUGACACAACUGGUAAAGGACUCUCUGAGGGUGGAGAUCCCGAAGGUGGCACAACUGCUGAAGGACCAAGUCCUAAUAGGAGUGAACGCUGGAGUCACCAAACUACAGGUGCUGUCCCCACUGACAUCAGCUGUCCUGGCUGAGAGGAGCAUCAAGGUGCUGGAUGAUAAAGUGAGUGUGACAGAGCUGGGGGUGCAGUUGGUAUCUGGACUCACUCUGUCCCUGCAGCUCAGUCCUGGGAGCAACAGGGCCAUUGUCGCCACCGCAACCACACAGGAAGUCAUUGAAUCCCUCAAACAGCAGUCACUCAUCAGUGCUUGGCUCCAGUUCAGUGAUGGAUCCAUGACCGCUCUAGACAACUAUAACCCGGCCCAUUUCACCCUGACAGCCACCUCUUUGGAUGAACAGGUGGUAUCGGUGCAGCGCAGUUCAGCAUGGAAGUGGCCCGUCAUUGUUGCCAAUGGGGAAGGUCAGGGUCUGCUUGUGCGUGUGGAAAUGAGCCCGUCGGAGGUGUGUCAGAAAGGAAAACAACGUACUAUCUUAGCCACUGGAAUGGCAAACAUACAGACAAGGUUUGGUCAGCCAGAGGAUCAAUACAGACAACCAGGAGACCGAAGAACACGUCCAGAUCCUCCAUAUUACGGAGGAUCUAUUGCUGACAUGGAAACAGGGUUAAUCAACCGUGGAGCCACCACAAUCAAGGGCCAUGUCCCAGUGAGACCUAAUGGGGGCCGUCUAUCAGCAGACAGCGGGGCCAGGGUCCCAAAUGAAUUCUCUGAAUACCCCGACCAGGCAGAGCUGCCUCGUAGCCGCAGCACUGAUGAUGACUUGUUGCCAUCCCGACGAGGCCUGACAGAUCUGGAGAUUGGUAUGUAUGCCCUUCUGGGAGUCUUCUGCCUAGCCAUCCUUGUUUUUCUUAUUAACUGCAUCACUUAUGCAUAUAAGUACCGUAGCAAACAGCUGUCCCUGGAGGCUACAGAGACAAUGCCACACGCCCACGACUGGGUUUGGCUGGGCCAAGACGAGGGGCUGUGUCUGCAGCAACAGCAGCAGGAUGAGCUGGGCUGUACCCUCGAGGAGGGUAGUCAACUAUUGAAUGGAGGCAUCCAGCUUGGUAAUACUGGUGUGGGAGGCUGUAAUUCGAGUGGGAGGGAUCACAGGAAUGAGUCGCUUAACUCGCCCACCACCAAGAGAAAGAGGGUGAAGUUCACCACCUUUUCCAAUGCCAAGUCCAGUAACGGAUGUCCUGUGCUCAGCCCAUUGGCACUAGUGCAGACCAGUGAGAUAAAAUGGGUAUGUCCGGACAUCGAGCUUGGGGAUUCAAAGGAUCUUAGGAACUACAUGGAAAAGCUUAAUGAGAAUGCAACUAAGAACAUUGUAUAGUGGGUGGUGGGUGUUUUCACUGAACUUAAGAGAAACUCACCUGAAUGCCUUCAGAAUAAGGAGGGAAUGAGGGUUGAAGGGAGGAAAGGAAAAGGGGGUGCAGAAAACAGACCGGGGUUGCUGUUGAACUGCUUCUUACCAUAACAACAGGAUACCGCGUUCAGCCUGUUGUUUCCAUGACAGUACUCAGAAAGGGUAAAGCAAUGGACCACAAAGAGACAUGAUUUGCCAUGACACCAGAGCAUAGUUAUGAGCUGGGAAAUGUGAACUUAAUAUUGUCGCUUAACUUAAAUCUAUGUUGUUUGUCUUUAAUUGAAGUUCAGUUUCCGUUUAUAUGCGCCAUGUACUUUGUUUAAUGUUUUCUUUAUAAUUCAAAAUUUUAAUGUUGUAUUUGUUGUACUCUUUUGCGCUUUGCUUUUUUUUCUCUUUCUUUUUUUUAAGAGUUGCUGUAUGCUCUGUACAACAUGUCAGCAAUUAGAGAUUCUAGGAGAGAAGAGUUAAAAGCAAUUUUGUAUUGUAUAUAAAUGCAGAGUUUGAUUUGGAGGUAUUAUAUGUAUAGUAACAUUUUGUAAUGUGCCGUUUGGUUUGGGUUUUGUUUUGUUUGUAGUUUAGUUUUAGUUUUGUCUCCAGAAAGCGGAUCCAUGCAUGAUGUUACUAAAGAGGAGGCAUGUGUGUCUGAUCUGGUAUCUGAAUUGAAAGUUUGUAGAUAACUAAUGCCAAUAACUCUGGAGACAUGUCAGUUUAUUAUUGCAUUCAUUCAUCUUGGGUUGGUUUUAGUAUGUUGAUAUUGGUUUCAAACAUUUUGUUAGCCCAUACAUUUUCCCUUCUUAUGUAAAUGUUAUUUUUUAUGCAACCCCUUUGAUUAAGUUGCAUACUCCACAUAAAGUAGACUUUUACACUACUUUAAAAAACUGAUAUUACAAAUCAAAAUUAAGGAAUUUAGCAAUGUCACAUUCAACAGGAUACACUGAUUGCCAUCAUGAGAAUCAAUAGACAAUCACACAAAUUAUGUAUGGAUCAAUUUUUUUUUUCAUUAAUAAUGUUCUAUAAAAAAUCAGUCCAGUUUACAUUUUGUAUGGUCUGGGUAGAGAAUGGAAAAAUAGUUAAUUUCUUAAACUGCUGUGUCUGACAGUUUUGGAUUCCUCAAAAUAUUUCAUUACAGUGAAUGAACAAACUGUGAAUUGAAAGCCCAAAGUCUGACCUCUACACUCCUUUUGUCAUAUGUCAGUGUUAGUCAAGUCCAUCCUUUUCUAUCUCUGUUCUAAAUUGGCUGCUGGACUAAUUAAAACUGAAGCUGACUCUUCUCCAUGA